AUUGCCCAUCACUCCCUCUCGCUCCCCCGCAACGUGACCCUUCCCCUCGUGCGCAUGCGCCACCUCGGUAGUGUUGUGUCUCAUCCGUGUGUUUUUUUCCCGUGAAAAAGUCGCGAAAAAAUGCCAAAAAUCACUAAAACUGCCCCAAACCCCAAUCACACGCUUCGCCCUUUUGGUCUCUAGUCGAAAAUUGCGCGUUUUUUUCGCCAAACGGCCGUUUUUUCGCAUACGUGCAGUCCACUGUGUCAAUGAUGGCGGCUUGACAUUUCCUCACGCCGUCAACAAAUCACAAAUUCGGCAAAAAGUGAUGAUUUUCGUGUGAAUUAAGGCGAAAAAAUGGCCACAGACUCGCAACAACGCUGUCCCAAGAUUAUGGUCUUUCGGCCCACUUGGGACGAGUUUAAGGACUUCAGUCAGUAUAUCCAGCACAUGGAGUCCAAGGGGGCGCACAAGGCCGGCUUGGCGAAAGUGAUUCCGCCCCCCGAGUGGGUCCCCCGCAAGUCGGGGUAUGCCAUUGACACGCUCGACGUCACGAUUCCGGCCCCCAUUUGCCAGGUGGUUACCGGAAAACAGGGGCUUUACCAGCAAAUCAACAUCCAGAAAAAAUCAAUGACCGUCCAGCAAUACUGCGAGUUGGCCAACUCGGAACGCUAUGCCACGCCGAGACACUUCGACUACGAGGACUUGGAGCGCAAAUACUGGAAGAAUAUCACGUACGUGGCCCCCAUUUACGGGGCCGAUGUCUCGGGGAGUCUCACCGAUGAUACGGUCAACGAGUGGAAUAUCAACCGUCUGGGGACAAUCCUUGACUACGUUAAUGAGGAUUAUGGGAUUUCGAUAGAAGGCGUCAAUACGGCCUAUUUAUAUUUCGGGAUGUGGAAAACAACAUUUGCAUGGCACACGGAAGAUAUGGACUUGUACUCAAUCAAUUAUCUACACUUUGGGGCCCCGAAAACUUGGUAUUCUAUUCCGCCGGAACAUGGACGACGAUUGGAGCGUCUAGCUAAUGGUUUUUUCCCGAGCAGUUACAAGACGUGUCAGGCGUUUUUACGGCAUAAGAUGACGCUGAUUUCGCCCCAAAUCUUGAAACAGUACUCGAUUCCGUAUAAUAAGAUUACGCAAGAGGCGGGCGAGAUUAUGAUCACUUUUCCGUACGGAUAUCAUGCCGGUUUCAACCAUGGUUUUAACUGUGCCGAAUCGACAAACUUUGCCUGCGAACGUUGGAUCGAAUAUGGCAAAAGAGCCUCCCAAUGCACUUGCAGUAAAGACAUGGUAAAAAUUUCAAUGGACACUUUCGUCAAGCGCUUCCAAGCCGAUCGUUACGAAAUGUGGCUAAAAGGCGAAGACAUCGGCCCCCAUCCGGAAGAACCAAACAAACAAGUUGCCGCACCUUUACCCCUCCCACAAGACAUCCUCUGUAAUAAAAAUAAUGAUUCUUUGCCGGCAGGACUGAUCGAAGGCCAAUUGAAAAAGGCCAAAAAAGCCGGCAGGAUGAUGAAUUAUUCUCAGGAUUAUUCAAUGGUUGAUUUCCCGGCUGAACUACAGCUCCAACUGAUGGAAGAGGACGAUAUGGGUUACGUUAACGGGGAGUUCCCCCCCGAUGAACAACAAUUGGAAGUUUUGGAAGAUAUUUGGCUGAAAGCUGGCGAAAUCGAAGCCGAAGAUGCGUCAAUCUGUGAUGCCGGUUAUCGUGUCACUAAUCGUCGAAAAUUCCUAGCGAAAAAACGCAAACCAAAGGAACCGCGUCCGCGCGGUCGCCCACCGAAAAAACGCACCAAAGACGGCGAAGAAGAACCCGAAUCGAACGAACUGACCGGCAUUUACGCCCCGUGUAACAGCCAAAGUAAGAAAGUCUGCGGUCAAAUUGUCGCACCUGUUGACACAUCCGAACUCGUCAAGUCACUCGUGGCGCAAGAAACCAACAAACUCCUCCACCACAAAAAACACAAACACAAGCAUAAGAAGUGCAAACACCACCAAAAAACCGCAACACAGACCAGCCCUGACACUGCAAACAGCGAAGUCAAGAAAGAAAUCGACGACAUCAUCCGCAAAGCACACGAAGAACAUGAACAAACAAUCAUGCAACAAGAGGAAAAACCACCGGUGAAACCCAGCCUCUUGAGCGAACUCAAAGCCUACCGCAAGGUGAAAGACCCGACCGACCAGUUCCGAAUGGAGCCGAAGGUGCAAACCAUCCAUACGUCGAAAGGAACGAUCACCGUGUUGGAAUCACGACCGGUGGUUCCCCCACCGCCCGAAACGAAACCACCCGAACGCAAAUCCCUCUACGAAGACGCGUUCCUCAAUUUCCUAACGGCCAAAACCGACAAACCCGUACCUGAUCUAGCCGGCGGUUCGAUGCCGAAUUUAAGCGAACCCGAGCCGGUGCUUAUCGAACGCAGCGAACAAAUGCCCAAGCUGGAGCCGGUCCCAGUCGAGGAGGCGCCAACCGUGCAAGUCAACCCGAAUCCAGUGCCUCCAACCUACUACCAACGUAAACCCAAUCUCAUUUGGAGCAAUCACAAGUACUACACCGUCAAUCAUUGCACGACCACCACGUACCUAAACAACGACCGCUUUUACCCAAUGACAAACAACCCGAUCGUGCUAUUGGAGAAGGCGACGCCGAAAACGCCCGAUUCGGAUUCGGGCUCCGAUUGUUCGUGCGAGUCGUGUUCGUGCAGCGAAUGUGAUGAACAGGUGGAGAACUCGUCAAACAGUAUUAACGUGGUGCCGCAAAAUAAAAAGCUCAAUUUGGAGCAAUUGAAACAGUUGACACAGCGCGUGUUGGGCGUGGAGAACGGGACGAAGUUCUACAAUGAUAAAAUCGUCGCUUUGAAGAAGAUGUUGACGAUGCGACGGCGUGGACGACCGCCGAAAAACAACUCACUCGAGAAGAGGAAUAACAACAACACAAUGACCGAUUUCCACUCGUACAAUUGCAAACUUUUAGAGAAAAUUGCCAAACUGACGCCGCUCGAAGCGAAAGUUAAAUUAGUCGAUGUUUUAAAUAAUUUCACCAACGAUGUGCAGAAUUAUCUCAAGGCUGGGUUACCACUAGCUAAUGUUAGUGCAUUGUCGUUGGAUGAGCCACCACCGAAUGAUGAGACCAGUGAACGGUUUCCUGUUAAAUUAAAUGAGUUUGUUUGGGCCAAACAUUUGAACGGGCGCUUUUACAAGGCGAAGAUUGUUGAUAUAAAAAUAGUGACUUAUUUUUGUGUUUACUUCCCGCUUGAUCAAAGUUUUUGCAAAGACGUUGAAUUGGCGGAUUUGGUUGGUUGGGAUCUGAAGAAAGUACCAAUCGUAGGACAGAAGUUGAGAGUCAGGUGGAAAGAUGGCACGAUUUGUGUGGCUGAGUUUUUAGGAAAAAACAACAGUAGCAUAUUUACGGUUAUGUUUGAAGAUGAGUCUCGUUUGGAAUUGCACAGGGACUCAAUUGUUGCAGCGUCUGAAUCGAUAUCGAAGAAAAUCGCAAGUUUGAAAUAGGUUAGGAAUGAAAUGGAGAGGCAACAGUUUGAUAAAUAAAAAGUGUGUGUAAUAAAAUGCAUGAAUGCGAGCAUUUUGUACACAACGAUAGGUUGUUUAUAAUUUGUUGUAAAGACUGAAUUUUUGCGUUGAGGCAUCAUUAUUUCGAGUAUUUUGGACUUUUUUUUUCUUUCUUUCUUUGAUUGCAUUGUGAUUGUUUGAUUUAAUUAUGUACGUAAGGUUUAAGUUUAAGUGUGAUACAAACAUUUGUAUUUAUUUAACGAGUACGUGUACAUACAGAAUUCUAUAUUCUCUAGAUUUUUUCGAAACAUUGUAAAGGAGUAGUUGCAAGAAGUGUUGAAUAAAAUUUCUUCACGUUUAUUGUAA